UGAAGCGUCUCCGCGAUCUUGCUGAGCUCUAUGGGAGUCCUUGCCGGGUUUCUUUCAUCUUGCCCACCUCACUGUCGCGGAAAGACAAGAGGGGGCGACAAGAUUCCCCCACCGCUCCGAGACGCCGCGCCCAGUUCCCGAGGCAGUUGACAGGCAGGAGUUGCUCUGAGGUGUCAUAACCAGGAAGGUCUGUGCACAAAGACAUGGAUGACGAACCAGAACGAACCAAACGGUGGGAAGGUGGCUAUGAAAGAACAUGGGAAGUACUUAAAGAAGAUGAGUCUGGAUCACUGAAGGCUACUAUAGAAGAUAUUCUCUUUAAGGCCAAGAGGAAACGAAUCUUUGAACAUCAUGGACAAGUUCGACUUGGGAUGAUGCGCCAUCUGUAUAUAGUGGUUGAUGGAUCAAGAACGAUGGAAGACCAAGAUUUAAAGCCAAACAGGCUAACUUGCACCUUAAAGCUCUUGGAAUAUUUUGUUGAAGAAUACUUUGACCAAAAUCCUAUUAGUCAGGGUCCUGUGAACUCCAACAUGGCCUUUUGGGUUGGCAUUAUUGUAACAAAGGGUAAAAGGGCUGAAAAACUGACGGAGCUGUCAGGGAAUCCAAGAAAACACACAGCUGCUCUGAAGAAAGCUGUAGACAUGUCCUGUCUUGGAGAGCCAUCGUUAUAUAAUGCCCUAAAUCUUGCCACACAGACGUUAAAGCACAUGCCAGGACAUACAAGCAGAGAAGUUUUGGUAAUAUUCAGCAGUCUAACAACAUGUGAUCCAUCUAAUAUAUAUGAUCUAAUUAAGUGUUUAAAGGCAGUUAAAAUCAGAGUGUCUGUCAUAGGCCUUUCUGCUGAAGUUCGAGUUUGCACUGUACUUGCUCGGGAAACUGGUGGAACCUAUCAUGUAAUUUUAGACGAAAGUCAUUAUAAGGAGCUCCUGAUGCAGCAUGUCAGUCCACCACCAGCAUGUUCAAGUUCUGAAAGCUCCCUUAUUCGAAUGGGCUUUCCUCAGCACACUAUUGCAUCGCUUAGUGAUCAUGAUGCAAAACCAUCAUUUAGCAUGGCGCACCUGGAAAACAGUAGUGAACCAGGUCUUACUCUGGGAGGGUAUUUCUGCCCCCAGUGCAGAGCCAAAUACUGUGAGCUUCCUGUGGAAUGCAAAGUUUGUGGUCUUACACUCGUAUCUGCACCUCAUCUCGCUCGAUCUUACCAUCAUCUGUUCCCUUUGGAUGCCUUUCAGGAAGUCCCAGUGGAACAGUAUAACGGAGAACGCUGUUGUCAAGGUUGUCAAGGAGAAAUCAAAGAUCAACAUGUCUACAUUUGUAAUGUCUGCCGGAGCGUGUUUUGUGUGGAAUGUGACCUUUUUACUCACGAUACUCUGCACUGCUGUCCUGGUUGUAUUCACAAGCAUCCGGUUCCUCCUUGUCUAUGAUACCACCCAUUGAGAGACUGUACUUGUUACAUUCCUGUGCAAAGAGUCCACUUUAUCUGCUCAGACAAUGUCUUUGGCAACGUACGUUUAAACAGGAGGAAGAGCAGCUUGUGUAAAUUAGUAUUUUAUUUUCACACCAACUCUGUAAUAUACAUUCGCACACAUUUAUUUGAUAUUUGUAACAUGUUUUUUAAAAGUAUUUAAUUUUCUUUGGGAUUAUUCUGAAUAAUGUGCCAAGUUUGUAUUUCUGAAAAUGAUAAAA